AUGGUCUCUACCCUCACUCAGUCUUGUGACUGUCGCAUGAGCAUCCCGACCGUCACUGCCAACUUCCCUUGUGAAGACAACUGCAAAGGACUUCACUGCACGACAUCGUACAACAUCGUCACUCCUUCAACGUGCGCCACUAUCAAUCCACCCGUCGAUCAGCACCUCGGUCGUCCCAGGGGCUGCUGGGUUGGUCAGGGCUCCAAGUAUCUUCGCUUGACUGUGAGCAGUUAG